UAUUUGCAUUCGAAUUUAUGAGAAACUAUGCGGUGAAACGAAUUGUUGAUGUAGUUAAAAGGUUAGUAGAUUUCUCUUCUUACCUCGCCAGAGUAUUUAUUUUAAUCCUGUCUGGUUUUGAUAGGGUUGCAUUGCCUCACGAUUCACUCGUAAGACUUCGAAAAGUUGUACAGUUUCCUAUUCUAUAACUUGUGCCCUUGAUUUCGACGUGGACUUUAAACCAUAACAAUUUGAUACGUGUUCAGUGUUACAUAAUAUCGAUCGCCGGCAAGUUUUAAAUUAAAUAAAUUUGAUCUAAGAUACAGAAAAUUUGACUAUUUCAACCAAAUAUUCUCCUUGCGUGAGGAUUAAUACAGGUGUGACAAUGAAUUUUUUUUAUUUAAAUCAAGUUUCUUUGUGAAGUACGUUGAGUUAUAGCACAUUUAGGCUUACAGCUGUGCAUUCUGUAGUAUGAUUUUCAAUUGGUACGAUGAAUGAAACAACGAAUUCUCAUUGUCUAACUGGGUUCGAAGAGAAAAUUAUGAAAAACUGGUCAGUUUGGGUUAGAUAUAACGGUGGGUGAAAAUAUGUGAAUUGGUGUUAUGUUGUACCCAGGUUGAUUUGAUUUUAAGCAAUCAAUUGUCUAAUGUUUCACAUCUGGUUCUUUGGUGCAAUAUAUUCCUUCCAAAAUAUGUGUUUUAUUAACCCUCUCUCUCCUAAGAUCUUAUUAGUAAUUCUCCUUACUGCCUGCUAUACAAUUAUUGUGAUGUUAGCUCUGAGAAUUUGGUUUUGGAUCAACAAAUAAUCUCCUAAUUGAUAUUUGUCUUUAUUCUCAUCACUUGUCUGCUGGAUAUUGUACUGAUAUUGUAAGGAGAAGUUAUGUCCUGGUCACUUGUGGGUAUUGAGCAAAAGGUGGGAAAUCACCUAAGGAGGUUUAUAAAUCAAUCAUUUAUUCUACUGUUUUCAAAGAAUGCACAACAAAAAACUGCAAGCACCAGUCUAGCAUUAAAAUUGGGCAGCCAUAACAAAUAAACAUGCACAUGAAGAAUGUGGACAUAGAAAAUUAACUUGAUGUCACACUGUAAGAUAUGAAAAAAAAAAUGUAGUGCUUUUAAAAUCUCCUGAAAUUUCAUCAGGUUUUAGUCAGGAGUUAGGAUUCUUAUUAUUGUUAUUAUUUUUCUAGACUUUCCUUCAAUCAAGUUGGCAAAUAUUGAGUUUAUAACUUUUAUUGAUAUUCUAGAAGAGCUGUACUGUGCUGUAGAGCUGUGAAUCCAAACUUUAUGUCUGUAUCAAGUACUCAGGUUUGUUCAUCAGAACAACAAUUCAGCUACACUGGAAAGGACUUCCACUGGCCUUGCCGUAAUCAUAAUUGUGACGAAAUACAAAAUGAGCCCACAAUAAGCAAGGUAAGGUCAUAUAAAAAAUUAUACAUGUGUUUGCCAAACUGCUAGGGCCCAUCUGCCAUGUGAUAGAGAUCUCCAUAUGUAUUUCAUUUCUCUAGUUAUGUUCAACUUGAUAGAGCUUGCAUUGAGUUGUUAGUUGGUUUUCUAGUUUGAUGAGGAGCUACAAAAAAGCUGGAAUGCAGCUGUGAAUGCAGGUUAUUUUACCUACAAAUUGGAUCAUACAGAAGGAAGGAUUGCACUUGGAAAAUAUCAUUUGUAUGUCCAGGUAUUUCAACAGAUGAAUGCAAUUACUUCUAGAAUACAUAUACAUGAUUUUAUUUCCAAACAGGACAAACUGAAAUACUGGUAUCUGCCUCUGAUAGCAAAAAGUUUUGAGUUCUGGAUUUCAAAAGAGUGCUUCAGCAGUAGAAUGUACUGACAAGUAACGGUGAUCAUGUGUUCAGUACACUCUUAACCCUUUAACCCCCAGAAGUGAUAAACAUGUAACUUCUCACUAUAAUACCAAUACAUUAUCCAGCAAGCAGAUAAUAAGAAUAUUCAAACUUAUCAGGUUGAAGUUGUUAUCUUGAUCUAACACCAAAUUCUUGCAGCUAUUUUACAAGGAAAUGUAUAGCAGCUAGAGAGGAGAAUUAACAAUCAGAUCCUUGGGAGUUAAAGGGUUAAACAAAAUUUUCAGUGUCCUGCUUGCAAAUUUUAAAGAAUGUAGGUGUUAGAAGAAGUGUUAUCCCUUUUACUCCCAUGAGUGACCAAGACAGAAUUUCUCCUUACAAUAUCAAUACAAUAUCGACCAGAUAAGUGAUGAGAAUAAAGAAAAACAUCAAUUUGGGGAUAAUAAGUCAAUCCAUUACUAAAUUCUCAGAACUAAUAUUAUAAGAAUUGUUUGGUUGACAGUAAGGAGAAUUAUAAAUUUGAUCUGGGUGCGAAAGGGUUAACUGUAAUUGUGUGAUAAUAAACCAACAGAAAAAAAUGAUGUGUAGGUAUGGUUUGACAAAAAAAAGAUGUUUGCUAAUGUGACAGUAAGUUCUGAAGCCAAAAAUUGUGGAGACCAAAAAAUGUCUUUUUUACACUUGAACUCAAUUCAAUUUUAUUUGUUAGCAAUACAAUAUUAUCACAGACCUAGGUGACCCGCAAUUAGCAAGCUAUUCUAGGCGGGCCACCCUUCUAAAACAAGUGCUGUCUCUGCUAAGGAUCACAUACCGAUACAAUUAAACAAAGAUAAUCAUUAAUAAAAAUACAAUUGUUAAAUAAAAUAAAAUAAAAUUAAGUCCGUUGAAUAAUUAAAUAAUCAAUUGCAAAGUUAUCAAGAUAUAUAAUACAAUUGAAACAAGACUUAAACGAAGAGUUACUUUAUCAAGAGAUAUUUACAAAUUUCAGAGCAGCGUAUAUCAACAUUCAUCUCCUCAAUUUCCAAAAGUUUUAACAGGCGAUUUUUAAGUUCACGCUUAAACGGGGUUCUGUUUUUAAUACGAAGUUCUUUUGGGAUGCUAUUCCACAAUCUUACACCUAUUCUAGCAAAAAGAAAUAAAAGUUGGUUAGUUCUAGACGCUUUAACGUACAGAUUAGCCGUUGCUGAGAAUCUUGUGAAAUGGUGAUGAACCUGCUCGGAGUGGAUAAAGAGCAUAGAAAUAUUAGACGGGGCACGGUGAUUAUCAAUGUCAUGCAUCAAAGAGGAAACCAAAUGAGAAUAGAGCAUAGUUAUUGGUAAGAUUCUGGAGUUAACAAAUAGCGGGGCACUAUGAGAUUUGCUAUCCGCAAAAUACAUUAGUCGUAGAGCACGUUUUUGUAAAAUGAGAACCUUAUUUAAAUGAGUGUUAGCAGCUUGUCCCCAGGCAAUAAGACCAUAAGAGAUAUAGGGUUCAAUUAAGGAGCGGUAGAUGUUAAGAAGUGUGGCAAAUGGGACAAGAUGUCUUAACCUGGCAAUUAUACCAAUUCCUUUACUAACUUUAGAUGAGAUAUAAUCAAUAUGAUACUUCCAAGAGAGGUUAUUAUCUAUCAGAAUUCCUAGAUAUUUCACAAAAAGUUUUUGUUCUAGAGAUACACUUUUUUUUUAAGAUCGUUAUUAUAAAUUUUCAAGUGAACUAUGUAGUCCAAUUUGCGUUGGUAAGGAUGGAAAAUAACAAAGUUAGAUUUACUAGUGUUAAGAGAAAGUUUGUUUGCGUCCAACCAGUCACCCACUUUUGCGAGUUCAUCAUUAACAACUUUUUCAAGAUCCUUAAGAUCUUUGUUUGAAUAAAGCAAGUUAGUAUCGUCAGCAAAUAGGUAAAACUCAAAAAUCUGGGAGCAACGGUAAAUGUCGUUAACAUAAAUCAAAAAGAGAAGGGGGCCAAGUACAGACCCUUGAGGGACACCACAAACUAUCUCUUCUAUAUUCGACACGGUUGAACCAAUUUGAGUCGACUGGUUCCUGUUCAACAAGUACGAAGAGAACCAGUUAUUAAUUAUUCCUCUGACUCCAUAAUGAUAUAAUUUGUGCAGUAAGAUUGAGUGAUCCACCGUAUCAAAAGCCUUUUUUAGGUCAAUAAAAAUACCACAAGAGAAUAACUUUGCAUCAAUAUUAGUUUGAAUUUUGCUUAAGAUAUCUAAAAUUGCAUGUUGGGUUGAACACUUGUCUCUAAAUCCAUAUUGAGAAGUAAAAAAGAUACCGUUUUUUUUUCGCAAUGUGAUUUAAGACGUUUAGCCAUCAAUUUCUCAAAUAAUCGAUUGAAGACAGAAAGGAGGGAAAUUGGGCGGUAAUUACAUGGAUCAGUUUCGUCUCCCGAUUUGUAGAUAGGAAUUACUUUGGCAUGCUUCAAAAGAUGGGGAUAAAUACCCGUUGAGAUAGACUUAUUCAUCAUGGCAGCUAAGAGUGGAGAAAGGAUAUGGCGCCCAGAUUUUAAAAAGAUGAACCGGGCAAGAAUAUAGGCCAUAUACUUUAUUACUGGGUAUAGCCAAGAUUUCCAAGUCCACCUCGGAUGGAACGACGGGAUCAAAAAAAAAGACUUAAAGUGAUUAGUGCCGACAAGGUAGUCCUGGAAAUUUAUCCUGGAAGGUGAUAUAUUGCGUGCAAGCCGCGGUCCAAUAGACGCAAAGUACUGAUUAAAGAUAUUGGUUAUUUCAGACGGAUUUUGUGUUACUCCAGAGUUGUUAGAGCGUUGAAGGGCUGAUACUGUUUUUCUGUUACGCUGUCUGUUCAAUAGUUCAUUAAUCCCCUCCCACGUUUUUUUUAACAUUUCUUAGAUUUGUAGUGAAGUAAGCUUCAUAAUACAAUCUUUUACUGAGACGAGAAAGAGUAACAAUUCUAUUCCUAUACAGCUUAUAUUUUGAGAUAUCUCCUGAAUAAAAGAGUCUAUUCUUUAUUUUGAUAGAUUUACGUAGGCCCUUAGUUAUCCACGGUUUGGAAAAUUGUUUAGCCUUGCGCCUAGAUAAGAUUUUGAGAGGAGCGUGUUUAUUAAUGAGCUUGUUAAAUUUAUUGUAAAAGGAAGAAAAGCAUUUGUCUACAGAUCCAUAUGUCAUUGAGUUAUCCCAAUCAGUAUCCAAGACAUCAUUAAUAAAGCAUUCUUCAGAGAAGUUGGAAUAAUCGCGAAUUUUAUGUUUAGCAGUAAAAUUUUUUUGGUAUAAGACUGUGGAUAAAACAAAAUUGGGAGUAGUGAUCACUAAUGUCUGACACGAUAUUUCCACCUGAAAUUUUAUGAUCAAAUCUAUUCAGAAAUAUAUUAUCAAUGAGUGUGGCAGAAUUAUUGUAGACUCUAGUUGGUUUAUCAAUUACCGGGAAGAACGAAUAACAUUGUAAAGAUAACAAAAAUUUUGGGAGUAAUCGGAAAUUUCAGAUUUGAGGAGAUCAAUAUUGAAAUCGCCCAUAAGAUAAACAACUUUAUCAGAGGAGCUAAGUUUUUCUAAAGUAAAGUCAACAUAAUGGAGGAAUUGUUCCGGAUCAUUAUGCUGCCUAUAAAUCACUCCACAAACGAUAUUUUUACUCUUUAGGGAUUCAAUUUCGAUCCAUAAAGCCUGAAAAGCGUCUUUAGAUGUUCUCUCCAGAACCUUAUAUUUCAAACAAUUAUUAAUGUACAUUCCAACACCUCCACAUGAUAGAGGUGUUGGGACAUAUUCAAACUGAUAGUUUGGUAUGCAGGCAUUGAAAUCUAGCCCAGAUGAAUUUGUAAUUUUUGUUUCUGUAAUACCGAUUACACUGAAUUGGUAGUCAAGUUCAUCUAAAAGAUGGACUUGAAAAUUAUCAAUGUUUUUCCGCAAACUUCUUACGUUAGUAUGAAGCAUAGAGAAAGGACAUUGACUAUCUGAUUCAACAAAGACUCUUUAAACAUAGAAAAACUAUAGGGUGAGAAAUAUUUACAUCUAAUUUGUUGCAUGCUUAAGUUUCUGUCGGGAUUUAAUGUUGAUUCGGUAUUUAAGCGAAACAAAUCUAAAUCAUAAAUACUAUGAAGUUUGUCUAAGUACUUCUUGGUCGGUAAGUCACUGUUGAGAAUGUUAUUAAACUGUCCAUGAGCUCUAAUAAUUUCAACAUUCGCGUAUGGAAGUUCGCUUAGGGUAGAUUUAAUUGUACAACGAACACGUUUCUUGCUAACACUCAUACUUAUUAUCUAAAACAGACAAACAACUCUACAUCAACAUGAAUACUUAGCCUUCACGUCCAUUCGUUAAUCGGUGCAGGUCCGUGAUAUCCUUAAUCUUGAUGGCUCGAGACGUGGUAUCUUUACGAAGAUAAACAAGCGAUCCCUUCGACCAGCAAUACUGAUAGUGAAACUGCUCCUUGAACCUCUUAGCUUCAAAUAAAACCUUUUGCAUCCUUGGCGUUAAAUGGUCAAAAAUUCUAACAGCGGAAAGGGAGGCAUCGUCAGGUAAACCAACAGCAGAUGGGGCAACUUUACUUGCAUUUCUUUUAUGAUUCAUGACAUCAUCUUUUGACAAUCGUCUAAUAAAUCGGCAAAUGAUUGGCCGCGGGCCGCCAUUGUCAUUGCUUCUCGUUGGGACUCGAUGGGCUGUGUCAAUGUCAUGAAUUGAUACAGCGGAUCCAAUUGCCUUAAAUAAACAUUCACAUAGCGCACUCGUAGAAGCCGAGGAUUCAUCUUGACUCAAUUGAGGGACACCAACAAUCUUAACAUUAUAUUGAUAACUGUACUCUUGAAAUUCAUCGAUGCUCCUGGAAACUCUGUUAACUUCAACAGCAAUCUCAUCAAGCAUGGCACCUAAGCGAUCAAGUUCUUUACCAGCAGAGACCCUGAAUCGCUCAAAGUCAUCAUAUUCUUUACUCAUGAAUUCUAAGCUUUGCUCUACUUCGUCAUUAGUCGCUGCAGGUUUUUUUUUGACUGCUCCAGCAGCAUCACCUUCAUCUUAGCAAUCUCAUCCGCCAUGACAGACAGUUGAUCUUUAAGCUUACUGUUCUCUCUCUUAAGGCUAGCAACAGACUCGGGCAUUCUUGAAUCUCUCAGAAAGCAAAAAAAGAAAAACGAUCGUGAAAAAAGAAACGAAAAAUUAUCCAAAACGAAACGAAAAAUUAUCCAAACUUGAUUAAGAUUAGCGGAGCUCGUAAAGUAACGUCCGUCCUGACCAACUCACCAAAAUUGUGGAGACCAAAGAACUUCAUUCUUUUUUUUUUUUUUUGGGAGGCAUAUACAUAUACAUGCUCAUAGCUAUUAGCAAUUACAGAAGUCUCCUACUCUCAUAGGCAAUGAAAAAUUUUCCUAUGUUUCAGAGAUCAUGUUUUAUAGAUUAAUGUCUACAAUGCACACUCAUUUUCACAAUUAUUCUUCUUUUAGGCUUUGUUUUCUCAUAAAAUGUAAACAUUUACUUUUUUCAUGUAUAUGUUGUAAGGUGGGUCCUUUCUCUUGCAUUUGUAGUUAAAUGAGUUGCGAUUCUCAAAACGAAGGAAGCCAGAUCCAAUCAACAAGGUGUCUCAGCCAUUUGACCCAUCAAAAUUCAACUUCACCAAAGUACAACAGAAAGAGGUAAUAAGUGGGAGGGCAGCCCUCAUGCAAACUGACUAACCCUAACCCUAACCCUGGUGCUUUUCAUGUACACUGUUCAUGGCUAUAGUACAUGUAGUUCAGAAAUGAUUACUUCCGAGCUGCUGAAGAGACAAAAUUGUGUGUCUAGAGUUUACAUUUUAAAUUCUGACCAUUUUUAGGUAUAUUGACAGAAAUAAACUAAUCUUUUAGUUUCCGUGUUAUAAAUGAAUAUACUGAUUGAGUUACUUACCUUAGUGUAAGUGAAUGUGGUGGAUAACUACCCUCACUUUGGUGAAUAAUUUCAAACUAUCAUGGAAAAAUGCAAUCCAAUAUAUGCUUUAUUAGACAUGGCUGAACAGUGCUGUCUAAAGAUUCAUGUAUAACAUGCCUCUUCAUGUAUAAACAGUACUGCCAGUGAUACUGAUACAAUACAAUGAAGAGCAGUAUUUGCUUCAAAUAUGAAGCAUGCUUGCAGCCAAUGAGAAUUGAGAUUUGAUACCAAUAUCUUUUUAAAAUAUUCUUGAACCAACACAUGCUUUGUGUAUUAUCAUUUAAGGUGAUGUUUGAACUUAUUCCAAAGCAUAGGAGUGCAGUGACAAGUGAUCAACAUGUUUUGAUUAUAAACAAUAGUCCUAUUGAAUAUGGCCACUCCCUUUUGGUGCCGAGCAUAAAUUCUUGUCUUCCUCAGGUAUUUGCUUUAAAUGAUUUUUUAAUGAAUUUUUUUUUUUGUUCAUCUCCCUCUGCCCUUGUGGGCAGAUUAUUGGAGAGAUUUAUUUCAAAUUCAUAAUACACUCAAUUGCAAAAAGCGUGACUGUAACCGCAGACGCAGUUACAGCCACGUUUACACAAAUUACAAACAAAAAUGAUUACAAACGAAGCGAAACGGAAAAAUACUCACAUUGCAGGUAGCGGCUAACUGCAACAGCGAAUAACUUUUAAGUUAAAGAAGACUUUUGGACAGAGAAAUGCGCCAAGCGCGACGUGAGGUAAACUGACUUUAAAGAAGUGACUCUGCGUAAAAGAAAGUGGCUUUAAAUACAAGAGGACUUCGAAGUUACGUGCGGUGCGAAAAACGCGCAAAAUGGUGUAACUGACGAAGAAAAACGAUAACAAGCUUAACAAAAAUCACUAACAGGAGGUAUGAAAAAAUAUAGGUCGGACGAAUUAAAUAAGUACAAAAUUAUACAAAACAAUUAAUAAUCGCUUUAGAUCUUAUUUUGACGCCUUAAGAAAGCAUGACUCAUGAACGAUUAGACCCGACGGCUUUAUGGGAAAUGUUUGCACUAAAACAUAAUCGAGUGGUAGCCCUUCGUGAGAACAAAAAUCGCUCUUGAUGCAGGGAUUCGCCCUAACAAAGGGCUAACGCUUUAAGUGUCAGCUAAAGAUUCUCUUUACUGUGGCCAAUUUACAUUAUCAACUCAGUUAAUAAAGCCAAAUUAUCUUGUAACACACCAACCGACGCAGCACAACAGUUUCUUUAAAGCUCAACCCCACUUGAUGUAACUAACACAACACCUUAUUAUUGACCUCUAGAUAUUAACUGAAGAGGCACUAUUACUUAGUAUGGAGACAGUCAUGUUGAGUAGUCACAGGUAUUAAUCCAUGUUUAUAUUAUUUUGUAUUUACAUGUAUGAUGCUGUAGUUAAUUUAAAGUUAAAACAGUCUAGGUUAUACUAUCAAGCCUUAAAGGGUAAUUUAGCAUUAUCAACUGAGUUGAUAACGUAAAUUGGCCACUGUAAAGAGUUUUAAAGCUGACGUUUCAAGCCUUAGCCCUUCUUCAUUCGCUCUGACGAAGGGCUAACGCUCGAGACGUCAGCUUUGAAACUCUUUGCGUUGGCCAAUUAACGUUGUCAGCUCAGUUGAUAAUACUAAAUUACAGUUUCUUUUGAAACUUGUUUAUCAAUUAAGUCUCAGACAGAGACACUCUUGAAAAGGGUUAACCCUUUAACUCCCAGAUCAAAUUUGUAAUUCUCCUUACUGUCAACCAUACAAUUCUUAGAAUGUUAGUUCAGAGAAUUUAGUAUUGGAUCAACUAAUCAACCCAAAGUCGAUAUUUUUCUUUAUUCUCAUGGUUUUUGAUGGUUUAUUAUCACACAAUUACAGUUAACCCUUUAGCAACCAGAUCAAAUUUAUAAUUCUCCAAGUACUGUCAACCAAACAAUUCUUAUAAUGUUAGUUCUGAGAAUUUAGUAAUGGAUCAACUUAUUAUCCCCAAAUUGAUGUUUUUUUUAUUCUCAUCACUUAUCUGGUUGUUAUUGUAUGGAUAUUGUAAGGAGAAAUUCUGUCUCGGUCACUCAUGGGAGUUUAAGGCUUAACUUGGCUUAUUUAUCCCGUCAUGUAAAGUUGCAAGUGAUUCUAUUGCAUGAUACCAAAGCGUAGCAUUUAUUAACCUGUAAUCUGGCGUUUCGUCUUUUUAAGGGGAGCAAAAUAGUCUUGCAGGGCAUGAGUCCGCGGCUUCCCUAAAAGAGGAAUGCCUGGUGGCUCUUGCACUUCAAUUUCCAGGAUUGCAAUGUUCAUACCUUUGGAUACAAGAAGACGAUUUAGUUAACUUUGUGACAACAUAUUGUGACUCUGACAUACAUGUCGUUUGGACACUCGUUGUUCUUAAGACAUCGCCUCUCUUGAUGAAAGCAUAAUUUCUACUCCUUAAAUAUAGAAUUGAACAACGGCACAAGUAAAUGGGGUGAAUUCCUUUCUAUAUCUAUUUCUUUCAGAGGACUCCGGGUGGGUUUCAACAGCUUGUGCGCAUAUUCAUCCGUGAAUCAUCUACAUUUCCAUAUUUGGUACAGUGAACACCCUUCCUAUCUUGAGACAGUGGUAAGUUUGUCUGUCAGACUUUGUAUAUUUAUUUGUCUUGGUAACGCUCCAACGUUUUUACUCGACUUCAAAGUUUUCAAAUGGACGACAUUUACUUACAUAUGAGUAUUAUUCUCUUCCAAAUUAUUAGGAUGUGAUACCUGUCUGUAAAGAUGUUUUUGAAGUUAGAGACUAUGCAACAAAUACGCUUGUCUUUGAGCUGGGACCACAAUCUGAUGUUAGUUUGUUAGCAAGGUAAGGGAAAUUACCAACUAACAAAUCAAACCAGCAAACAGGUGAACAAACAAACAAACAGGUGACCACUUAACGGGUAACACCGUAGACAGCGGUUCAUGGUGUUUAAUAUUAAUCUCAACGAUACCGACGAAGGUGAACUCACAUAUGUUUGGUUUUGGCUAAAAUACGUGUUCACGAUAUCGAAAGUCGCACAGACUGAACAAUUUGGUACAUAACUCGAUGGAGGGCACGGCAUCUGAGUUUAAAAGCAGGAUGUCUUUUAACUCUUUGAUCUCUAAGAGUGACUAGCAUUUAAUUUCUCCUUACAAUAUCACCAUUGGAUCAAACAUUUAGGUCAUAAGAAUAGAGGAAAUGACCAGUAAAGGAUUUAAACAACAGCCAUGAUAGAUCUCGACAACUUUCCGAAAAUGUAUUCGUUAUAUGCCUCGUUUGGGUAACUUGGUAAGAAAAAGACAUGCAUAGUUUCAGCUUGAAUGGAUAUUCUCGUUUAGUGAGAAAUUACCGUCUAUUAGUUGAAAGGCAUCCUGCUUUUAAACUCAGAGGCCGUGCCCUCUAUCGAGUCACGUACCAUUUUAACGCAGAAAAUAUUCUCGGAAAACUGUUUAAGUAACGGGUAUUGGAAGAAGGUCCAAGUGGAGUGAUUUUUCUCUGAAAGGUCUUUCCCUAUGAGGUGGUCUUUUUUUUAUGCCAUUCUUUUUGUCUGUCCAGGAAAAUACAUCAAGUAUCGUCAUAUUUCGUGGAAAACGAAGUAGCGCACACCUUCCUUAUUCUACGGGGGAGUAAAUGCAGCCAAAGGACUCAAAAUGGCGAGUUUGUUAAUGGAGGAAACAGCCAUCCUGUAAUCAGAGUCUUCCUUUGGCCUCGAAACCCAGUCAGCGGUGAGUAAUUUGCAUGAAUGUGCAGUGAAGAUCGGACCCACUGAUUCACGCUUGCCUGAGCUAAUUUUGGUGGUUUCUGGAGCAUAAUGAACUAGGAGAACUGCUUCACUUCUAGCAAAGGUAUCCAAUUCAUGGCGUUCAACCCCAUCGCUUUUGUGUUAGGUCUGCUAAAAGAUGUUGCCCAUUUACACCCAUGCGUUGAGAGAAGGCCUUUAAAGAGUCAAGGUCUACUGCUUUGUAGUUCGGCCCCUUUCAGUAACGUUUCCCCGCAGUACGAACCAUUAAAAUCAGCUGUUGUGAAUACGUGGGACCAAGGUAACUCUAGUGUUGUAGUCGAUAAAAACGUGUACCAAUGCUUAGACACCCUCUGAAUUUUCUGGAAUGUGUUCUCUUUGCUUGUUUGUUCUUUCUUUUUGUUCUCUGUUUUCUCCCGAAAAAUUCUCCCAGUGCUGACUUCCAGGCUACCACGUCCCACACGCCUCGAGAUAAGUCCGUACAAUUCUUGAGGCAGUGUGAGCCAUUGCUCCUUGCAACUACUAAAUACCCCUCUCUAAAUACAAGUUUUGCCUCGUUUUUGAUCUCUUUCUUUCUCUAGGUCUGUUUACUGUAUGCGAAUUGUUUUGUGUUUGUUCCAUGCAUUUGCCUGUUUGGUGUGUGUGUUAAUAGGUAGCCAGGUGAAGAGUUCUUAUGAUGCGGACGAACGACCCACCGCUGCUUUUGAAUUUUCUGGAUUCGUUUCAGUAGAAAGUAAGUUCAGAUAUUUUCCUUCUGUACUUUUUGAAACAUAACAGGAAAUUCGAUAUCACACCAGACUGCUUGAAUUAUUUACUCGUACAAAACGAUGCAAAAGCUUGAAAACGAGGAUUGAGGGAACAAGAAAGACUCCCUCUAGAGCACAAAGUUUAGGCUUCCUGGUAAAUUGUGAUGGAAAACUCGUGUAAAAGGGCAAUUCCUGUCUUUCUUAAAAGUUUUUUGUAAGAGGUCCUGUUUCACAGCUGAGAAACAUUCCUGUUAGGAACUCACAGAAAAGAGGAAUGGAAAGGAAAAGGGCCAAACGAAUUAAGUUAAACCACUAAAUAAUUUCCGAGGUAAGUUUUCAGUUUUAGCUAGCUACAUUCUGUUUACGAACGGUCCUAGCAUUGAACUCAGUAACAGCAUUCAAUUUUUUACCGAAAGCCUCAAAAGUAUUUUAUAAACUCACCUGAAAAAGGAGUUAUGUAGCUAUUAUAAAGGCAGCCAUUUGUUUUUCUUUUUAGCGAGAGAAACCUAUGAUUUAUUCACUGAAGAACACUUCUGUAAAUACAUGAAAGGCGCGACGUUACCAGAAGAGGAGUUUACAAGGCACAGAGAGACAAUACGAGAAUUAUUGAAUAAGUAG